AUGGUCUUCCGCUUCAUCAGAACACUACUCAACAAUGAGAAAGUGAUUCAGCAGCUAUCUGAGUCUCCUCCGAUUCGAUUGCUGGCGCGAGCUAUCGUCAGAGGAGGAAAAUCAGUCGAGGAUAAAAUCCAGAAGCUGAAUAUGACAUCUCGAAUAGAGGCUUUUCUCAAGAUGUAUCAAGAGGAGUACAAGAAGGCACUGAAGAAAUAG